AUGGGUCCGAAACGCCUCCAUGCAGCAUUGUAUCCGCUGACGGGCCAUGUUAGAGGAUCGCUUCUUGAACGUCCGACAGCACUAGGGCUUUGCACCGCGUUAGCAACGCCGACAAGGUUCCGUCACAUGCCGCCACGUACUCCCAUCCCCCUUGUCAAGGUCGAUGUGAAGAAGGCGCCUUGGGAGCAGGAGCAGAAGCUGCACAAUCGUUGGCAUCCGGAUAUUCCACCGGUGGCGGAGGCGAAGACGGGUGACCUGUUCCGUGUCGAGACCAUAGACUGGACAGGCGGCCAGAUCAAGGACGACGACAGCGCUGAAGACGUGAAACAUGUGGACUUGAGCCGCUGCCACUACCUGUCGGGCCCGAUCCGAAUUGUGGACGAGCAGGGGGUCCCCGCCCAGCCGGGAGACCUGCUGGCAGUGGAGCUGUGCAACCUGGGACCCCUCCCUGGAGACGAGUGGGGAUACACUGGUACUUUUGACCGCGACAAUGGCGGUGGUUUCCUUACGGAUCAUUUUCCCGAGGCCACCAAAGCCAUUUGGUACUUCGACGGCGUCUACGCCGCCUCCCGCCACAUUCCGGGAGUGCGGUUCGCCGGACUCAUCCAUCCCGGGUUGAUCGGCACCGCCCCCAGCCACGAUCUGCUCAAGAUUUGGAACGACCGCGAGCGAGCUCUUGUGGAGGGCGGCGAGGGCUCCACCACGCUAGGCGGUGUGCUGCACACGCGGCCCCUAGCGCUGCUUCCUGAGCCCAAGGGGGCGUUGCUGGGGGGUAUCUCUGCCAACUCGCCCGACUGGUCGCGUGUGGCGGGCGAGGCGGCGCGCACCAUUCCCGGUCGCGAGAAUGGCGGCAACUGUGACAUCAAGAACCUCAGCCGUGGCUGCAAGGUUUAUUUCCCGGUAUUUGUGGAGGGUGCGAAUCUGUCCAUGGGUGACAUGCACUUCAGUCAGGGUGACGGUGAGGUCUCCUUCUGCGGCGCCAUAGAGAUGAGCGGCUUCCUUGAACUCAAGUGUGAGAUUAUCCGCGGCGGUAUGGAGAAGUACCUCACGCCCAUGGGCCCCACCAAGCUGCACGUGCACCCCAUCUUCGAGAUCGGUCCCUUGGAGCCCCGAUACAGCGAGUGGCUCGUGUUCGAGGGAAUCAGUGUAGAUGAAACAGCAUCAUGGACCCAUCCCCGCCUUUGUGAUCUCCCGUCACCCGUCACUGCUUUUGUACCCCAACUGCUUUUGACCACUAUUUACUCCACCUUCCCCUGGGUGAUCACCACCAACGUCCUCACGUUGCCAGGCAAGCAGCACUACCUGGACGCCUCCGUAGCGUACAAACGCGCCGUGCUGAACGCCAUCGACUACUUGUCCAAGUUCGGCUACACCAAGCAGCAGGUGUACCUGUUGCUUUCUUGUUGUCCUUGUGAGGGGCGCAUCAGCGGCAUCGUGGAUGUGCCCAAUGCAGUGGCCACGCUGGCCAUCCCUGUAGCUAUCUUCGACCAGGACGUGCGCCCGAAGCCCGGAGGCCCGCCUGUGGGUCCACAGCUCGUCCGGCGGGGUGAUGUCGCCAAGUCGACCUACGAAGGUAGCAAGCCACUUACGAUUAACGCCUCAGCCGUCAGCGGACUUGCCGCUUGCGAUAUCUGGAUCCGAGUUGGGCCAAGUGGAUCGAAGGGAGCAGCUUACCUUGUUUCUGGUUCAUCAGCGCUAUCUUCGGAGGGAAUUCGACGAGGGGAGGCUGCGGAAGGCCAUAAGGUGAUCGAGGAUGGCAUGGAUUUGGAUGCACUGGCCGGGGCCCCGGGGUCCGACUUACGGAUCGCCAAGGCGGUUCUCCUGGCCGAGGCAGCUGUCGCAGGCCUCGACAUGCGGCGAGCUCGACCAGCGAUGGCGGUCAUGGAACCUCCGCCGCCAAAGACGCGCAUUGACGGCGGCGUCAUGCCACCGCCGCCGUCACCUCAUUCCGGCGGCGCCAACGGACUGUCGCCGGUUCCUAUCCGGAUGCCGUACGAGCAACUCAACGGCGGGAUCGGCGCCGUCGGGGAUCGUGGGGCACCGCUCCCGCUUGACAUUGGAAGUCUUCAACAGUUGCUUCUUCAAAGCGGCGGCGGAGGCCUGAGCAGCAUCAGCCAACAGCAGCAACAGCAUCAUCCGGCAAUGAUACUUCAUCUUCUGAUGCAGCAGGCCCAGGCAGCGGCGAUGGCCAACGGCAGCAGUGCUUCGUACGGCAUCCCGCAGGGUACUACUCCCCGUAGCAGCGGCGGCGGCAACGACCGACCCGUCGGCGGUGCCGUACAGAGCACUCAACCUGGCUCGGCCGCCACGGCAAAUGGACGGAUUGCUGCUGCAAAGGCGCCGCUGUCGGCCGCCGCCAAGGGUGCCAUCGGCGGUGGCAGCGGCGGCGGUGGGCUGUACCGAUCGGCGGUUGUGGACGGCCACCUGUUGAGCUCCCGAGGUCAUCACGGCGGCGGCGGCGGCGGCGGCCUGGAGAGCACGUUCGCCGUACCGCCGUCGGCACGCAGCAGCGGCGGAGGCGGCGGGUUCUUGGACCCCAGCGGGCCGAUCAGCGGCAACGGCUUUUCAACCAGAGGUGUAACGAUAACCGCUGAUGUGCUAAAGGCCCUCUUCGCUGCUAACGGACCGCCGCCACUGAGCGGAUCGAUGAGCUCGGGCGGCCUGCCCGUCGUCGGCAACGGUGUGGGUAACGGAAUCAACGGAUUAGAGGCCCUUGCCGGCGCACUGAAGAACGAGCUUGGUGGCGGCGGUAAGGGUGGCAGUGGCGGCGGCGGCGGCGGCACACCCGCCAACGCCAGCGCAGGCGCUGGGGUUGCUGGGCUGAUUAACGGGUCCGGUGGGCUGGCGGAUCUUGCCGUACUACCCGGCGGCGUCGCCUUACAGCUUUUGGAAGACCUGGAGUCGCUGGGUUGCCCUUUGGGCGUGGGUGGGGGUCUCAACCGGCGCGUCGGCGGUGGCGUCGGCGGCACCAUCAGCGUCGGCAGCCGCUCGGGGGACCCAGCCUCGCGACUCGGCAGUACGGCAGCGUCUGGCGUCGUCAGGAAUCGUACCAUGCCGCCAGGUUCGUCGUCACCAGUCAUCAAGAAACCCAACAAGCGACCGGAGAACGGCAGCUUGGCGACGCAAAUCUUAAAGCGGCAACGUCAUGCGUUGGCGAUGCAGCAGGCGUCCGCCAGCGACUCCGUCAGCACCGUCGGCGGACCGUCCAUCAGCCUUCCUGCGCCGCCGCCGCCGCCGCCGUCAGCUUUAUUGGCGGCGAUGGAUCCGAGCAUGCUUAUCGGUUCCGGCAGUGGCGGCGGGCUGGGCGGGUUGGUCAGUACGGGUGGUGCUGUACAGGGGCUUCCCAGUGUGCUGGGCGCCGUGCCGUCAGCAGCAGCGGCGGCGGCGGCCUCAGCGGGUUUGCCGCCGGUGACAGCGACGGCGGCGCUGCUAGCGGCGCAGCCCGGCGGCGGCGCCAAGGCCACCGCGCUGGCUCGAGCUGUGGCGGCGGCGCGGAACGGCGGCGGCGGCGGCAGUAGCGGUCUGCUGUCAAGUCUCACAUCUCUGAGCAGCGACGGCGGUCUCCAUGCUGGCGGUCUGAACGGUAGCGGCGGCGUGGGGGACCCCGCUUUGGCGGCGGCCCUGGCGGCAGGGGCUGUCGGCGGCUCUUGCAUAACCGCCCCCGCCGCUGCCGCCGGCACCGUCGGCGUUACGGCUGCUCAGCGACGUGCGCUCGGCACGGCGGGCGUGGCUGACUCGGCGGCGGCGUUGCUGGCGACGUCCUCCGGUCUUCAUCAAGGGCUUGGUCUCGGAGCCAGUCUGUUGCUAGGGCAGCCAGUACCGAAGGGCCGGAGGAGCCGCCGUACGGCACGUGCAACGGGUCCGAUAAAGAUCCGCAACAUCAUGAGGGAUAUCGGAAUCCAUGUGCUCAGAAAGGCUCCAGGGGAGACUUGGCCGCAUGAGCGCGAUUCUCGGGGGCCGCUCGUGGCGGCGGCGGCGCAGGGAGGUAGCAGCGGCGGCAGUAGCGAUGCAGGCAAUGACGUCAGCGGAGUAGGCCAGCCGCCGUCAGCAACGCGGCGGCAACGCGGCGGUGGCGUCGCCGCCAUGGCGUCAACGGCAGCGCCGCUGCUGCCGUCGCCGUCGGCGGCCGCUGAGAUAUCAGCAGCAGUAGCGGCAGCGGCGUCUCGCGCCAGCUCUGGCGCGGGGACAGGGAACGGCCCGGCGCAAGGCGAAGGCAUGGUCGCUGACGGCGGCGGCAGCAGCAGCGCCGCCGCCGCCGCUGCCGCUGGCAAUGCUGCAGCCAUCGCGGGUUUGCCUUGGGACCUGAUCGCUCGCAGUACGGCAGCUGGGAUACCUCUUGCAGCGGCUGUAGCGAAGGCGCUAGGGUUACAAGGUUCUGGAUCAGGUCCCUCCGCCACCAUCGCCCCCAACGCCAGCGGCGGUCUAGCCGCCGGCGCCGCCGGUGUGGCUGCGUUCCUCUCCGCUGCGGCGGCGCCUCGGAAAUCCGCGACAGCAGGGCAGCCGCCAGCAGCUCCGAAACCACUUGUCGCCGUCAACGGUAGUACGGCAAAUGGCAUCGUCCCGACCCGGCCGUCGGCGGCAGCACCAGGGGCCGCGGGCCGUGGCGUGAAUGGCGGGUCGACAACUGGGAAGGCAGGUACGGCAGCCGGCAAAGCGGCAUCGGCUUCGGCGACAGGGGGGUUGAAGGGCACCUCCGCUGCCGCUGCAGCCGCCGCCGCCGCCGCCACCGCUCCCACUAAGAGCCGCCGUAAGGGUGGCGCACCGUCCCGCGCGGCUGACUAA